AUGGGCAAAAAGCGCGUUCUCGUUGGAUACGGCGUGGAUAUCGACGCAGUAGCUGGAUGGCUGGGUUCUUACGGUGGUGAAGACAGCGUCAAUGAUAUCAGCCGAGGUCUCUGGGCCGGACACAUCGGCACUCCGCGCCUCCUCAAGCUCUUCUCCAAAUACAACAUCAAAGCGACCUGGUUCAUCCCCGGGCACUCGCUGGAGACAUUCCCGGAAGAAUGCGCCCAAGUGCGCGACCAAGGCCACGAGAUCGGACUACACGGAUAUACGCACGAGAACCCGACCUGCAUGAGCGAGGAACAGCAACGCGACAUCCUCGACAAGACGUACAAACUACUGACUGAUUUCUGCGGCAAGCCGCCGCGGGGCAUUGUAGCGCCGUGGUGGGAAGCCAGUUCGGAGAUGGUGGACCAGCUGCUGGCGUAUGGGAUUGAGUACGACCAUUCGAUGUCGCAUGAGGAUUGCCAGAUGUAUUGGUUGCGGACGGGAGAUACUUGGACGAAGAUUGAUUACAGCCAGAAGGCGGAGACGUGGAUGAAGCCGUUGGAGCGGGGGCAGACGACGGGAUUAGUUGAGAUUCCGGGGAGUUGGUACAUUGAUGAUUUGCCGCCGAUGAUGUUUAUUAAGAAUUCGGCGAAUAGUCAUGGGUGGGUGAAUCCGAGGGAUGUGGAGGAUAUUUGGAAGGAUCAUUUUGAUUAUUUCUACCGUGAGUAUGAUGAGUUUGUCUUCCCGAUGACGAUUCAUCCGGAUGUAUCUGGCCGGCCGCAUGUGUUACUUAUGCACGAGAGGAUUAUUGAACAUAUCAACAAGCAUGAAGGGGUGGAAUGGGUGACAUUCGAACAGAUGUGUGAUGAGUUUAAGAGCAAGAAUCAACCACCCGAGGGUGCGGUGAUGCCGGCGGCGCCGGGGAGUAUUCUUCAGAAAGAAUGA